CGAGCUGCUUCCAGGUAGGCUAUCGCAGAGCUUACGCAUGGGUUGCCUCUCCUUCAUUCCCGGAUGUCAGCCUUUGGUACCGAACUUCGUCGUGCGACAAGGGGCACCAUAGACAGGCGCAACCGCUUCAGCUUCCGCUUCAGCUGUCCCAGGACCCUGCGCACGCCACAACUGUGAGCCCGUUUGCGAUUGAACGUUGACUGCAUAGACUGUUACUCCCAAGCACGAAAAGCCUAGCCGAUACGCUGGCCCCGUCUUCACGUCCCGAAGCUUUCUGCUAUUGCUCGGUGUGGCAUUAGCCACGAGGUGUCACGAUUUGAUCAGGGCAUGUACAAGGUCAAAAAUGACAUCGUCGGUGUGUUCCUUCCCCCGCCAUUGUCGUGAGAAUGAUGAGAACACACGUUUACGAGGAGCGUGAGAGAGAUCUCGGAUUCACGAGGAGGCCCAAAAUCCAUUGGAGCUGCUGAUCACCCCAUUGUCUUCCAGAAUACGAGAGAUCAAAGUUCCGCUCCCAGCAUUACCCCGACUUCCAAUCAGUGGCAGUGAAAUGCUAUUGCUCCAAGAAGUCCUCUGCUCAUGGCCAAUCUGACCGACGAAAUCGGACUUGCAGCCUCAAGCAUCAAGGUCACGUCACAACUGGAUCAGUGACAUGGCCGUACAUGUGUGUGCUUUCCAGUCUGAAGUUCCAACCUCGUUCUUUCCAGCAUCUAGCAGCGGCUCAGUGCGCCUACCUCCGGGACAACACACCCAGAUCUGCGGCUUCCGUGACUCUCGCUUCAGAUCGAUCCAUUCAUCUCCCAUCAUGGACAUCAUUCACACUAUUCCAGCAUUAGCCCGACUGCACUGCAGUCGACAGGAGCGUUGAACAGGCCAAUGUCUCCGAACAACACCCGACCAGAACCGGCCUGCCACCUACUCAGGCUCCCACUAGAGCUGCCUUUAACGGUCUAGCUUCGACUUCUUCUUGCAAUUGAUACUCAUUACGUCUGGAUCUGAUAUAUCACAUUUCGGAUUCCAAAGCCGAUGGCCCUAAUGCGAGCUGAGACCCUUCCGCUGCUUGAGGCCAAGGGGUCUAUUGGCCCUCAUGAAGCUGUCCAAGAUCUCCACUACUUCAGAUUGGCGAACUCGGAUGGACGUGAAGAUGUAAUCUACUCCUUGAUGAGGUACGGCAUCACAACUUGAAAGCUACUGUGUACCAUUGUCACGGAAGAAUGAGUCGGGGCAAGGCUAUAAAGAAUGUCCAGACACUCCGGUGUCUUCUGCUUCUUCAGCAAGCAACAUUCUCUCGAAGAGCCGUUCAACGAUCUAGAGAGCCGGCCCUCGCAUAUCUGGAGCUCGACUUACUUGGCCCUCCUUAAGCCCCGGCCCACGGAUCCAGCAAUCUGAAACCUUGUACCUUGUCAUGCUUGAUUAUAUGCAGGCUACACUCUCAGAGCCUUGCCCUUUUGUGAACGCCACAAUAUCCCAAUACGUGGGUCGCUUCCCGUCUCCGUGUGCGUGCAAACGAUAUCGGAUGUACGAUUGGCAACACUCCUUAUGCAUCAGGUCAAAGCUAUAAAGGAAGAUUUUCACAUCUUGUUCCCACACAGUUGCGGUGAAGGAAUCUGUCAGCAAGACUGUGAAAUCCACUUCCCUCUUCCGCAUCAUCCGCUCGAUCGGACGCGCAGGGACAGUACUGGUAGCUGUACGGAUUAGUGGUCUCCCUCAAGCUGUCACAUUUGGCACCUUUCCCAUCGAAGAUGCCUCGGGAACGUCAUCGGACCGGGGACUCGAGCAAAGACGAGGACCAAUACAUCAUUCUAGUACAAGAUAUACCUCGUCAUUGCCGAUGGCAAGAACUCAAAGACAUGACCCGAAGCUUAGGAGGUGAACAAAGCUUGAAAGCCGAAGUUUUUGAGACCAGCGAUGGAAGUCAACUCGGACAUUGCACUAUUAAGGGAAGAACCGCUGCCAACCAGGUCUAUGAAAACUUCUGCGUCCAAGGGUGGAAUGGGCAAUGUGUUCGUGUUUCGCUGGCCGUCCUUGAGAAGCCAGGUGUCCUAAAGACUCUCGAAGGGCCGAAGAAGAGUCGUGGCGCCUUCAUGGAGACCAGGAUUCCUCCUAGUCUCACCUAUCCUGGUCCUCAGGCCGUGGUUACCGGAAUUCAACCUGUCUCAUCGCGGUGCGACUCACUUUCUGACGGGAAGGUCCUUUUACUGACUCGAACAAGUCAAAUUAGCUAUCCAGGAAGCUUGAGGUCUGCGACAAUGACCUAUAAUCAGCAAUAUGACAGAAUGGCUCCUUGUACAGCUCGUCCCAGCGUGAUCUACACUCACCCUGCCGUGAAUGCGCCCCAAAUGUCGCCCGUCCACGUUGGGCAGAUCCCGUACACUUAUUCCACAACGACCGCAUAUGCAGUGCCGCGUGCCGGCCCAGUCUACCCACCAUCUGUGACAGCUGCACGACCGAGUCGAAUCAACACACAGAAGCCCUCGGGAUCAGCCGGUGCAGCAUCUGGCCGGAUCAACAAUGGUAGCACCAUUUUCAUGUCCGGUCUUCCACCCAAUCAGUCCGAGAAACAACUCAGAAGCCUUCUGAAACAAUACGGACCGCUUGUCUAUCUUGAAAUCCACCCCGAUGGUCGCAAUCCGGCCAAGGCCAAAGGUACAGCCAGAGCACGGUAUGCCUCUUCUGCUGAAGCCCUCAGCGCUGUACGCGGGCUGGAUGGCGCCUAUUUGUCAAAGAGUAAAAUCUGUGUCCAGCAAGAGAGGGCAGAUAAAAUAGCGUCCCUGCGACCAGAGAGCAAGACAACAACUUUGGACUCUGUCGCUAUUCAGAAAAAGACGGAUCAAAUCAAGCCUAUCCAGGCUACUAGCAACUUGUCGCAGCAAGUCCAUCCACCAAGAACCAGCACUGACAAGGGCAGUACUGGAUCUACAUCACCGACGACAGGUCCUCUCAUCGUGAAUGGCGCUAGGGGCUCCAGGAUUCGACGAUCAAGCCGUGAUGCAAAGUCGUCGGGCGAUGACAGCAGCGAGGGUGAGACGGAGGCGAGCGACAAUUCUGAUGACGAUAGCAGUGAGGACGAAACUGGUACGUACCAUUUGCGUGCAACCCUUUUCACCCCAAGGUCUCUGUCACUGGGCAGAUAUUGCACCAAAUUUUGUUUCAACGUCCGUUGCUGGCGUGGGUAACCAAUCAGUCCGCUCUUCUGCUGGCAUACUUCAUGCUCUUCAUCGACGCCAGGUUGUUGUAUUCUGUGACUAAUGCAUCGGCCGGAGUACAGUGACUCGGACAUCAGCAAGAAUGAAAGGUAUGAGACUUUCGACAACAUCCUCCUCAUAUCCAUAGGGAGAAGAUUAUCUUUGACAUUGCGUCAAUGUCAACGGCCUGAAUGUUGUUUGAUCGAUACAUGAACUACAGCAAAUAUCAAGGCUUUUACACAUGGGCAAAGUUUGCUACUCUUUAGGACCACAGAACAACUAUUAUCGGACAAAAACAAGUCCAGCACGAAAAGAAGGAUCGGAUGAUACCGACAUCUACUCUUUGCAUGCUUUGCUCUACAGAGUGCUUGAAUAGUGGGUCAGCUUGCAGCGUCGAUGCCACUGGUAGUAUCCUGGUUUAGGUUGAGCUUUGUGUUCUUCAUUUUGCUUUUUCGCUAUGCUUGUCGCAAAACCGAGGAGGAUAAUGUUAUUCGAUCCGGCCCGGUCAUUCCUUGAGGGGCCUACAAGAGUUUACGACUUAUGAAUGCUUUGAUGAUGAUGAUGAUUGACGGUUGCUGCUUACAUUGUUACUUGGCAGAUGACUUGCUUAUUGACUUGCUUCGAGUUAUUUGCUUGCCUGCUUGCUUUGCUAGAUAGGCACCAGGUCCGUUGGCUAGUAGGAGCGAACGGGUAAUAAAAGUCCACUGCUUUUAC